UCAGUUGACCUGACUCCGAUCGAGUUGGCGGACGAGUCGCCUACAUCGCCAGAGACCGCGCGACAUUGUUACGAGAAAAAAAGUGAAAUGAAAUAAACUUAAAAAAGUGUAAAACCAAAAAAAUAUUUUGGAUAUUAGUGCCUUUUGAGUGUUUUGAAAUUGACAAUUAGGACAAAAUUAUGUAGUGGACUUUAUGACGUGCAUUAGUCCCGGGAAAGGUGAACUGUGCAGAAGUGACACACAAGUGAUACAGAAGUGACACACAAGUGACAAGUGAAGUGAUUUGAAAUGACGAAUCAAGUGAGUGAGCCAAGUGUGCCAAUCAGCAGAGCUAGAGUAAUUUUGUCACAGGUGCUAGCAUGCCUUGCCCUGGAUUUCCUUCUGAUCGGACUGGGAAUGUCCAUCAGUUUCGUCACGAUGGUGCUGCCAGAGGUCCUGGACGCUCCCGAGGGACUGUCCAUCAACAAGAAACAGGCGUCUUGGUUCGGGUCAAUAGCGUUCCUCUGCCAGCCACUCGGGAGCAUUUUCUCCGGUCCUCUUCUAGACUACUUCGGGCGAAAGAAAGCCUUAUUCAUAGUGAAUAUACCGCACCUAAUCGCUUGGCUGCUGAUGUACUACGCUUGGAACGUUCCCACGCUGUUCAUUGGGAACGCACUGCUGGGCAUCGGGACUGGGAUUAUGGAGGCGCCGUCUAUCACUUAUGUUGGAGAAGUCAGUGACCCCUCAAUACGAGGGAUCCUGACCACGAUGACGAACGGCUUCACUUCCACUGGGAUGUUCUUGGCGUACCUUCUGGGGACAGUCUUGCCAUGGAGACAGGCGGCGCUGGUAGCGCUGACUGUCCCUAUCACUACCAUGCUGCUGGUAUUACUGGUGCCUGAAACUCCAAUAUGGCUGCUCUCCAAGGGACGCCAAAAAGAGGCCCUCCGAUCCCUCUGCCGCCUCCGAGGCUGGGCAAAGCCAGAGGACGUGAAAGAGGAAUUUGACGAACUAGUGAACUACAACGACGCCAUUCACCAAUGCGUGAUCUGCGUUAAAGAGGGCAAAGAGGACCUCCGACCAUGUGAACAUGACAAGGCGAAUCUCCUCAAGAAGUUCGUGAUGAAGAUAAGGCACGUGUUCUUUGUGAAGGAGACCAUGAGGCCUUUUGUGCUUGUGAUGGCGUAUUUCUUCUUCCACACGAUGAGUGGGUUGAUCCCAGUGAGGCCGAAUAUGGUGAACGUCUGCAAGGCGUUAGGGAUGAAGUACGAUUCAAAGGCUAUUGUGGUCCUAGUCGGAGCAGUCUUCAUCGUGAUGAACCUUCUCUCCGCCGCCAUCGUGAAGCUGAUCGGAAAACGGAAGCUCGUGCUCAGCUCCCUCUUUGCCACUGCCUGCUGUAGUUACAGCAUCAGCAUCUACGCUGGCACUCAGCUCCCAGCAAGCGUGUUCUCGUAUGAAGUCCACACAUUCCCGGAGGAGAAGGAGAUCCUGCCUGUCGUGCUGUUUAUGCUGCUGGUCAGCUUCAGCAGCUUGGGUAUACCCUGGGUGCUUCUGUCUGAGGUGUUCCCAUUUAGGUUAGUGUUGUGUACCCUUUUUGGAUCAAUAAUGUCUAGCCUGUGA